AUGGAUACGAUUCUGUCCAUCUUCUCCCCGCGCAAACGGGCACCCGAGCCGCCCAAGCCGCUUCCACAUCCACGGGGGAGGACAUACUCUAGAAAGGACCGUGUCAGGGCCAAACGCGCGCUAGGUCGGAUAUCAGACUCGGACACUCGCAGCCCGCGCAACCGAACAAGCAACGCUUCUUCCAUCACAGCAUCACACGACACGACCGGAGAAAUCAGUUACCUUCAUGAACAAGAAACGACUGUCAAGAUGAACACCCCCGGCACCGACACUCGUUCGCCCGUUGAACCCCAACUCUCGCCAUCACUGGGAUCGUCUCCGAGGGAUGAUGGGAUGGGCCCGCGCAAUAAGCGGCUGGUACGAAAGAGUCCCCCUGUAUCCGAGAAUGAAGACGAGGAAAUGGCCGAUCCCGAAGACGAAGCGGAACACGACACCGAGGGGGAAGAGCACGACGAAAACGAAGAAGAGGGGGAGGAUGACGAGUCCUACUCUUUCAACAAGAUCCUCAACCAUCGCUGGGUCAAGAACAAGAUCCAGCUUCAAAUCGAUUGGAGUGAACACCCGCAGACCUGGGAGCCCGAGGAGAACAUUCAUCGGGAUGCCCCCGCCGCCCUCUUCGACUACUGGCGCUCCAAGGGCGGACGACCCGACAACCCUAAGAAACCCGGCGUCUACGACAUCUUUGCGAUCCGAAAGCACUCGAAGAACAAGAAGAAGGUCCUGGUGGAGUGGGUCGGUUACGACGAGAGCGAGCAGACGUGGGAGGAUCGGAAGAAGAUCGAGAAGGCGGCAAAGGCUCUGGUUGAUGAUUAUUUUGACGGUUUUAAGAAGGGCAGCAAGUGA